AUGAUGUUGGCCGUUUUCACACAUCUUACCGGCUUCGGUACGUCGCGCAAAGCUCCCGCAAGGACAACAUCUUCCAGGCUCGAUUUCCCGGUUCUCGCACGAAAUUGCACCAAGAAGACACUGUCCUUGCAGGAUCUUUGCGUGACAUACCAGAGCCGUUCAGAGGCAGGAAUUGCAAAGGAAGAAAAGGAGUCUUUGUGCCAUCUCGUGGACAAUGGCCGCUAUGACUACUGCUCCCCCAAGAAAGAGCCAAAAGGCAGCUAUGAACACCUGGCAGUCACUCCAGGUUCUGGAGUAAGUGCUUGGUUUGACUUCCCUACUUGGUGGUGGUGGUGGGGAGAAGGGGGAAAGGCCUGGGACAACCGCCUCUUGGCCUGCGUCCGGAGAAGUGGCUCGCUCGUGGCAGCAGAAGGGAACAUGCUCAACUAUUCCGGAGAUGACAUCUCUGUUGAGUAUUCCUACACUUACGAUGAAAUUGACCCAAAGACGGCCCCAUGCCCUCAAAGUGAGAUGGGCACCUUCACACGCUACUUCAGCCCUGUGGUGUUGUCUGUGGUCUUUGUGGUGGGCCUGGUCGGGAACGGGUUGGUGCUGGCCGUCCUGGGCAGACGUCGUUGCCCUUGGCUCUUGGCUGACUGUUACCUCUUCCAGUUGGCUUUGGCCGAUAUCCUUCUUGUGCUGGCUCUCCCCUUCUGGGCUGUAGAGUUCACCCAGGGUUGGGUCUUUGAAAAGGGCUUCUGCAAAUUCUUAGGGGCGCUCUCGUCCAUGAACAGCUACAGCACCGUCUUUCUCCUGGCCUGCAUUAGCGUGGAACGUUACCUGGCAAUUGUCCACGCCGUACUGCUGCAGCACCGCUGGAAGCUUUUCCACACUUGCUUGUCCUCUGCUGUUCUCUGGGUAAUCUGCUGUGGCCUCUCUGCGGUGGAGUUGCACUUCUACACCGUGUCCUUCAUCUCCCAGGCAGAGCGGUUUAUCUGCCAUCUGGGAUUCGAGGCCCAGGAGGCUGAGUCUUGGCGCCUGGGAUUGCGCCUCACUUCUUUCCUCCUUGGCUUCUUGUUGCCGGUCCUGGUGAUGUCGUUCUGCUACGGCCGAAUUUUCGUCAGGCUGCAGCGUGCCCGCGUGUUCGGCAAGUUGCCGGCCUUACGCUUGUUGCUGGUGAUCUUGGUCCUUUUCGUUGUCUCCUGGGCUCCUUUCCACGUCUUCCGCCUCAUGGAUAGCCUGCGACGUCAAGGCCACUUUGGGCGAGACUGUGCCUGGGGGAAGGCACUGGAUUACGGAUUGUUGUUCACACAAAGUCUAGGCCUGGUCCAUUGCUGUCUCAACCCUUUGGUGUAUGCUUUUAUGGGCGUCAAGUUCCGAAGGGAGCUUUCUAGGCUGUGGCAUAGACAGGACACGAGUGAGGGACACAGGGCAAGCAUUUUCAGCUGCGAGUACAGCCAAGCCACGGAGCACAUCACGGUCCAAGGUAUAGACUAUGAUUAUUCCAUCAUGAUGUGA